AUGCAUCCCAAGUGCAUCGCCGCCAUCGCGGCUGUCCUGCUCGGUUUGUUGCCUUUGCACUUGCGUUUGAGCCCUUCGCUAAUUUCAGACACAGGCUCCGCUCUGGCACAGAGCUACGACUGCAGAGUCUGCGCACACGAAGCAAAGCUUGGCGCCAAGGAGCUCGAGUUCUGUCAGACUCAGUGUGACCGCAGCUUGAUCAGUCAGAACACUCCCGGCCCUUCAACGUUUUCUGUGUUGCUGACAGAUCAUACAGAGCGUCAGGUCACCUACCCAGUGUCGACGCCCACGUACUCAUACCCACACUUUGAGCCGGUCACCGUGACUGUCACCACCACACCGGAGUACUGCAUUCCACCACCACCCAAGACGUAUCCAGUCUCCACGCCGGAGUCCAAGACCUACCCAGUCACUCCAACUUAUCCGGUCUCCUCAUCCGAGUCCAAGACCUACCCAAUGCCAACCACAGAGCAGAAGACGUACCCGUUGUCGGCUCCAGAGUCCAAGACCUACCCAAUGCCGACGACCGAGCAGAAGACGUAUCCAGUCUCAACUUCCGAGUCCAAGACGUACGCAAUGUCCACUACCGAGCAGAAGACGUAUCCAGUCUCAACUCCCGAGUCCAAGACGUACCCAAUGCCAACCACCGACCACAAGACAUAUCCAGUCUCAACUCCCGAGUCCAAGAUGUACCCAACGCCGACUACCGAGCACAAGACGUACCCAGUGUCGACUCCCGAGUCCAAGACCUACCCCAUGCCAACCACUGAGCACAAGACGUACCCGGUCUCGACCAUGGCGAUCUACCCUCACAGCUAUGCCCACGAGACCAUGUCGACCUUCAUGCACUUCAACAGCACUUCAGGCAUUCCAAGCAUGUCGACAGCCUCCCAGUCAUAUUUUCACUCCACUUCCGCUUUGAAAUACCCCUCGCCGCCAAUCCCAACGGAGUCAAUGCCGGUCAGUUCUGGUGCCAAGGCUGGUAUUGGCGCUCUCCUUGGCUUGACCGCUGCGGUGAUGCUCUUCAUGUGA